GUUUCGCUCAAACCCUCUCUCAGACCAAGCCGACACAAACAUGAGAUUAAGAGCACUAAGAAGCUUUGUGUUCAUUUUAACACUGUCUUCUCUAUUUUUCGAUGUAUCUGUCUCAAUAUCUUUUCCACCAGCCCUUGGACAACAAAUAGCAAGACAAUUCCCGUUGUGGUUUAGAUUCAUCAAAUCGAGUAAAUUGUUUUCCUGGUUCUGGAACAAACUCAAGUCAUUCCUCAUCACCUUCAAGGACCUAAAGCUUGGAGAUACAUUCCAGGGUUUGUCUAAUGUGAAACAGUAUUUAGACCUCCUCGGCUACUUAAACUCCACUUCACAUUCAAACUUCACCGACAACUUCACACUCGAUCUCCAAUCCGCAAUAAUCACGUUCCAGAAAAAUUUCAAUCUCAACGUCACUGGGAAGCUCGACCGAAACACCACCAAAGUCAUAUCAGAGCCACGAUGCGGCGUUCCAGACAUAGUCAACGGCACCACCACGAUGAACUCGGGAGUAUCCAACACGACGGCGUUUAAUCCAUGGUGGAAAGAGGGGAAGAGAGAACUGACCUACGCUUUUGACCCCGAGAACAACGUCAGUGACGGCGUCAGGUUUCUGUUCCGAGAUGCCUUCGAGCGGUGGUCGAAUGUGACGGCGUUGAAGUUCACGGAGACGGCGUUGUUGAAUGGUUCGGACGUGAAGAUAGCGUUUGUGGUGUUCGACGGAAGAGGUGGAGCGGUGGGGGUUGCGGACACGGACUAUAGUGAGCAUGUGGGGAGUGUGUAUUUGGACUCGGAGGAGGAGUGGGUGGUGCGUGGUGAGAACGAAGAUGGUGACGUGGACUUGGAAUCUGUGGUGAUGCACAUGGUGGGUCACGUGCUAGGGUUAGGGCAUUCCUCUGUGGAAGAGGCUGUUAUGUACCCUAUCGUGUUGGAGGAGAAGAUUGAUUUUGCGUUGGAUGAUUUGCGGAGGAUUCACCAAAUAUAUGGUGUGAACUCUAAAUAAAACUGCUGCAUAUUAGGUUUUGUUCAGUUAUGCGUGUAGAACUAAAAA